GUGAGAGGGCUGACAAUGCUUCACACAGCUGCUGCUGAAAUGUGUGAGCAGAUCUCAAGUGUGUGCGUCGCUCACCGGUCGGUGUCUUCCGCUGAUUUGAGGUGCUGGUGGCCAUCGAUUGGCGGCGGUCGGCGACUCACUCGUCAUCGCAUUGGCUGACAUCGGGUGAGGCAAAGCGGCGUGUCAGUCAGUGUGGCGGAUGUUGCAUGAGGCUUUUGUGAUUUGUGAUCCGCUGCUGUGCGUGUGCAGAGUCGUUCAUUCGUCACGCCUCUCUGCUUUGACGGGCUGGUUGCUGCUGUGACGGUGUCUGUCUGAGGUGAACAGAGCAUCCCGCCCUCCCAUGGCUCUCGUCUGGUUGACUGAUUGCCAUUCACUCGUUUGUGUGUCCUUCCUCUUUGGAUUCAUUCAGAUCUCUCACUCACCGAUGGCGUCGUCGUCGUCGUCGCAUCAGAUGCCUCCCACCACUCCCCAGCCCCCCGUCGCCCCUCCGCCAGUCCCCUCUCUACCCGACCUUGCCAUCACCAGGGCGGCAGACAUGGCCAUGUCACCCCACCCCGACAGAGGCGCCAAACUCCGUCAAUGCAUCGACAGAUUGCCGCAGGCCGAGGCCAGCACCGCGCUCACACUCGUCGAGCGGCGCAUAGAGGAGGCCAUCUGUCGCCUGGGGCUCGAGGACGUCCUGGCCUUCGACGUCGGUGGUCUGGAGGACGGCUUGAAGUUGGUGCAUGUACUGGAGCAGGGCAGUGGCGGCGAGUGGCGGGCGACGGGGCGAUUCAUUCGGCUGGCCGCCAUCUAUCGCCUCACACCCAAUGGUAGUCUGCCCCUGCGGCUGUCGGCUGAUGCACUGCCCUCCCCAACAGCCUUCCACCAGCUGCCGCUCAUCAUGGCCCUCUACAAGAUCAUCGGCCACAGCCUCGCACACCAGGGGACGAGCCUGGCGCUGCAGCAAGCCAACAAUGACGGUGCCUAUCGGAUCGGCGAUCAGUCGUUUCGUGUGGUGCCGCUGAGUGAGCUGCCAGCCAACCAUCCCUAUCGCAGCGGCUACCAGCGGACCGAUCCGGUCAUCCGACAUGAAGACCUACUCUUUCCCUCCUUUUGGUCAUUCCUGGUGCGCCUGCUGGUUGGCAUGGGCAACCGCUACAGGCUGAUUCGACGCAUCAACCACGAUGAUCCGCGCUAUCGCCGUCUGCUGACUGAGACAAUCACCAAGCAGCAGGGGGGCAUCGCCGUGGACUACCGGCGCGACUUCGGCGAUCUGAAUCAUGCCAACCCAGACGACGACCGGCGCCUUGUGAUCGUGAGCGGCUUCCGGCCCAACGAGAGGGUCGCUGCCCAUCUGGAGGUAUGGGGCCGCAUCGACCUGCUCACAACCGAGGCAUCUGCUGGCGGUCGAUCUCAGCCGCUGACCGUCCGCUUCCCAACAUCGCUGCCCCUCUGGCGUGCCGUGCUUAGCCACUUUCACCUCGGGCAUCGCGUCAUCAACAGAUUCAGGUUGAUUUUGUGAGGAAGGGGGACAGAUGUGUGUGUGUGCUAAGGAGGGUUGACAGUGUUGGUUGAUUGAGUGAGGUGCCUGGAUGAAUGGAUGGAUGGAUGGAUGUCAUGUUUUUUUGUUUUGAUCUAUAUGGAUGAGUGCCGAAUGAGCCAUGGACGCAUUCUUGGUGUGAUCGUGCGCAUGACUGUCUGGUCGUGCGUGUACUCAAUGAGUCUGCUCGUG